UUUAUAACUCUCCCCUUUUCUCUAGGGCUGUGCACGGUUCGAUCGGUGCAGUUUUUGGACAUCCUCAACAUCUCUUGCUCUCUCUCUCAUUUUUCAAACCUCUUAUUAUCAGAAAGAGAGUUCUCAGAGAUCAUCCCCGCACCCCCCCCCCCCCCCCCCCCCCCCAAAAAAAAGAAAAGAAAGAAGCUUGAGCGACUCUGCCUCACUAUCACAGUUUCACUGUUACUACUCACACGCACCUAUACCGUUUCGAUAGGGUUUAUCUCUGCGGGUUUAGGGUUUUGAACUUGGUAGCUCAGUUCAGCUCAACAAAAAUGGCGUCGAUCAUGGCAUUACGACGCGCACGAACCCCAAACUUCUCAUCCUCCUUCUUCAAGGUACGACCUUUAUACCCUUCUCAUUUCAUUUUCAAUCACAACAACAACACUGAAACCCUAACUAAAACCCUAAGCACCUCAGCAAUCCCAAAUGAGUAUAAUCAAAUACCCCAUUCACCACCACAACCACAACCACAACAAUGGAACCCACAAAACCAGGGUUGGAAUUCACAAAACCCUAAUCAGUGGGCCCCACAAAACCAAGGAUGGAACUCACAAACAAAGACACAGAGUCAGAACCAGAACUAUUCACAUGGUGGGUAUCCUAAUCAGGGUCAGAACUAUCCCAAUCGUGGUUAUCCCAAUCAGGGUGGUCAGAACUAUCCCAACCGUGGAUAUCCCAAUCAAGGUGGUCAGAACUAUCCCAACCGGGGAUUGAACCCUGACCAGUUCAACACUCAGAGCCCGACUUUUCAACAACCCAGAUCACCAAACCAGUGGAACAAUCAAAAUAAGGGAUACCCACAUCCCCAAAACGUUAAUAGAGGCCAGGCUGUUGAGGUUCAAGCCCCGGUUGAUUCUCCACCACCGCCUUCGGUUAGUGAUGUACUGAUGCUUUGCGAUUCGGGGAAGGUUAAGGAAGCUCUUGAAUUGAUGGAGAAAGGGGUUAAAGCUGAUUGGAAUUGCUUCUAUAAGUUGUUAGAAAGAGUUAAGGUGUCCAAGUCGUAUGAGGAUGCGAAAAAGGUUCAUGAUUUCUUUCUGCAGUCCACGUUUCGGGGUGACCUUAGUUUGAACCAUAUGGUGAUCGAAAUGUAUAGCAGUUGUGAGUCGAUGACUGAUGCACGUAGGGUGUUUGAUCAUAUGCCUAAUAGGAGUAUGGACACUUGGCUUUUAAUGCUUAAUGCGUAUGCGGAUAACGGGUUGGGUGAUGAUGGGUUGCAGUUGUUUGAGCAGAUGAGGGAGCUGGGGAUGAAACCCACUGGGGAUACUUUUCUUGCGGUGUUUUCGGCUUGUGCUAGUGUAGAUGCUGUGGAAGAAGCAUUUUUACACUUUGAGUCAAUGAAGAGUGAGUAUGGAAUUGAGCCAGGGUUUGAGCAUUAUAUGGGGCUUCUAGGUGUGCUUGGGAAGUGUGGCCAUCUUGAUGAAGCAGAGGAUUUUAUAGAGAAACUGCCUUUUGAGCGCACUGUGGAGGUUUGGGAUGCAUUGAGAAAUUAUGCUCGGAUUCAUGGAAAUAUUGAUCUUGAAGACCAUGCUGAGGAGUUAAUGGUUUCUCUUGACCCGUCGAAGGCUGUUGCUAAUAAGAUCCCUACCCCACCUCCUAGAAAGUAUACUGCAGUCAGCAUGCUUGAUGGGAAGAACAGGAUCAGUGAGUUCAGAAACCCAACUCUCUACAAGGAUGAUGAAAAGCUGAAGGCCGCUGGGAUGAAAGAAGGUGGUUAUGUGCCGGACACAAGAUAUGUUCUGCAUGACAUUGAUCAGGAGGCCAAGGAGCAGGCCUUGCUCUAUCACAGUGAGCGUUUGGCAAUUGCGUAUGGUCUGAUUAGUACUCCAGCAAGAACACCUCUUAGGAUCAUUAAGAACCUUCGUAUCUGUGGUGACUGUCACAAUGCCAUCAAGAUCAUGUCUAAGAUUGUUGGGAGGGAAUUAAUUAUUAGAGACAACAAACGGUUUCAUCAUUUCAAGGAAGGAAAAUGCUCUUGUGGGGAUUAUUGGUGAAGCCCUUUGAAACUUUGAACUACUGCACGUAUCCACUGAGAUUUUCUUUCCAGUUGCAAUUUGGUAUGUAGAGUGCAAAGUUGCCAAGCCAUAUGGAAUAUUGCAGACAGAGACUCCAGUAGGACAUGAACCAUCCAUUGCCAUAUGAUAUAUUGUCUGUUUGCUUUGACAUUCAAUCAAAUAUUUGUUAAGAUA